AUUUUUUUAUUUUUUUUCUUCUCCCAUUUAUUUCUUAGUAUAAACAUAGACGUAGAACCAUUCGUCUUCCUCACCCCAAAGGAACGAUCAAAGAGAAAAAAGAAGUCAUCUUUUUUUUCUCUACUUGCUAGCUAGCUUGAUUGUUGUGUUCUUAGCUUAUUUGAAGAUCAUAAGCAAGAAAUUGAAUGGAGAAGAGAUCAGGAGGGAAAAUGUGGGAAAUAAUUCCAUUUAUGACCAUGUUUUUAGUAGAAGGAUGUACAAUUGCUUUAACAAUAACAGCUAAAUCUGCCAUGGCUAUUGGAAUGAGUCAAUUUGUGUUUGUUGCUUAUUCUAAUGCUCUUUCUUCUGUUCUUCUUCUUGUAUAUUGUCUCAUCUAUCAUAGGGAUAGUAUGAAAAUGAUUUUUAAUAGAGAUCUUCUUACUCGAUUUUUCCUCCUUGGUCUUACCGGGAUAACAAUAGCUCAAAACCUUGCAUUUACGGGGCUACGUGACAGCUCACCAAUAGUUGUAUGUGCAAUGGGACUAUUGCUACCAUCCUUUCAGUUCUUCCUUAAUCUUAUUCUCAGGAAAGCUGAGUUGAAGUUAAGAAACAAAAGCACUAAAAUCAAGAUCAUUGGAGUCUUACUAUCUAUCAUGGGCGCAGUCAUGGUAGCCGUGUAUUUGGGCCCAUCCAUCCUCAAUGGGCCAAUAAUUGGGCCUAUCAUGUUUCAUCUUAAAGGCUCAACUAAGCCUUUCUUCAUAUUUAUCUCUACCACUGAGGAAUGGAUGUUUGGCACCUUUUUGCUUGCUUGUGCAACCUUCUUCAUUGCCAUAUGGAGUAUAAUCCAGGUUUCAACAUUCACAAGAUUCCCUGAUAUGAUGGUGAUAGUAACUUGCUAUACUAUCUUUGGGACAAUCCAAACUUUCUUUGUGGACAUUAUUGCCAAUGGAGAUUUGAAUGCUUGGAAAUUAAAGUGGGAUUUGGAACUUCUUAUCAUUGUUUUGACAGCCAUAUUUGGGACACUAGUACGUAGCAGAAUCCAAGCAUGGAUAAUGAGUAUGAAGGGUCCUAUGUACGUAGCCAUGUUCAAGCCUGCUGGGAUCUUUUGGGCUAACUUUUUUGGUGAAAGUUUCUUUGGCACUCUUUGUUAUGGAAGUGUUAUAGGCACAAUUAUAGUAGGAGUGGGGUACUAUACAGUAUUAUGGGGAGUCAAGGAGGAAGCCAAGAAAGCUGAACAAGAUUCAAUCAAAUCUGCUUCAUCGGAUAUCAAGGCCCCUCUUUUGCAUAAUCAAAAUGCCCAAGAACAAGUGUGAAUAAAUUUCAUGCAUUUUUCUACCAAUAAAUUAAACUACAAAUAUAUUUCGCAGGCUUAUGAAAUGGAGCAUGGAGGGAGAUAUCUCUUUUUUCUUAUUUCUGAAUCAAGAUUAUCCGAGGAAAACAAGACGAAAUUCAAGAAUAUGGAAAAAUACGUAAAUUAAAGAGAUUGAAUUAAGUACAUGAAUUAUAAAUCUUGUUAAAUUGGAGCAAUAUUAAUAUUGUAAAAAUGUUAUUAUGAAGAAGUGCAUAAUAAAAUAGCCCAGCUUUUUUUGGGGAAAUGUAAUGAGCUAAGAGAGGUCUAUCUUAAUUAUGUAAUAUGGAAGCAUGCAAAAGUGUUUAGAGUUUCUACAACCUUGACUCAUUUAAUAAGCAAGUUUCAUCAUUUUAAACUAUAAAUUUUUUAUUAGUUAGAUUCUGGUUAGUUAGCUUAAUUUAAUUUAAGUAAUAUCAAAUUUUAAAUAAUUUAGUGGUUCCUAAAUUGAAGUAAAUAACUCCUUUUUACGAAUAAAUAAAAAAGAUUCUUGUUCCCUUUGUAUUCCCUUAGCUUAAUUUAAUCAUAAAUUCAUAAAUAACAUAAUAAAAGCAGCUAAUUGAA